AUGAAUACCACGCGCAGAUCCAAGGCUCUCAUUAUUGGCAUUUCUUACCAGAAGCCGAAUGCACCCCCUUCGUCAAAUAGAUGGGAAGAGCUCGAUGGAACAGUGGAUGAUGCAGAGCGAAUGCGUUCCUUUCUUCGAAACAAGCUUCAUUACAACGAGGUAGUUGCCAUUACCGAUAAGACGAAUUCUGCUGAAGUAUCUCGACGGAAUAUUCUUGCAAAACUUAAUUGGUUAGUCGAAGGUGCACGAGAGGGAGACAUAUUGUUCUUGCACUACUCCGGUCACGGAUGGCAGCGUCCAACAAGAAGACGCACUGAAGAAGACGGCCUUGACGAAACCAUUGUACCCGCGGAUUGCCCAUGCCCCGCUAAGCGACAGUCUGUGGACGAGACGAUCCCAGAGUGCCAUCUCAACUGCUCAUGUGCGCCAGAUGACCCACGAUGCUGGCAGUCGGCCUACCGCGGGAUGAUUCGUGACAAUGAGUUGCGCGACAUUCUUGUGAAGCCUCUUGUACAAGGCGUACGUCUGGUGACUCUGUUUGAUAGCUGCCACUCAGGGUCAAUCCUCGACUUGCGGUACCACUAUCUUCCACGUGGGGCUGUACGACCCAUGUUCUCACCGAAAGGCUUGACGACGAUCCCACCUGAGCUACGAGAUUUGGCAAAACCUCAGUCGAGACUCGAGAAGUUCCGGGACCUACUCCACAGAGAGUCGUCACCUUGCGCUUUGGGUGAAGCCUUGGGCAAGUCUGCUGAGAUGGCCUUCGGACACGGUAUAUCUUCCGCAUCUGUCCGAAUGUUUGAUGAUCAUAUGCACGCAAUGCGGAACGAGUCGCAGAGGGGUGUGGCGGUAUCGCUGUCCGCAUGCAUCGAUCACGAUGCCGUGUUUGAACUCGAAGGUAGUAGGGGGAUGCUAACAACGUUCUUCCUGGACUCGAUGAAAAAACACAAGUUCAAAGUCCGUGCCGAGGUCUUGAUCGACGAAAUGUAUCCUCGCUUCCAUUCUGAAUGGGAGAGAAACUGGUCAGAUAGGCUAAAGUCAUCUCCCUAUCCCGUUUUGUCCAGUAAUCAACUACUGUUUGAAGCUCGCCAACAUCAUUUAUUCCGAUAG